AUGUCUUUGUUGUUGCAUUCAGGAGUAGCAGCAUACAACCAGGAAACAUUUGAGUUGGGGAGCCCCGCCAGUGAGAACCAGCAGAGGUACCUCAAGUACAGGGCCAAAUGGUACAAGAUUAAGCAAAAGAUUAAGGUGAGAUUCAAGGUCAAGGUCAAGAGGAGAAACAAUAGCGUUAGAAGGAGCAGCAGCAGCAGCAACAGCAGCAUCAGCAACAGCAACAUAAACUCUGGCAAGCCGGUGGUGCUCUCGAGAAGGAGCAGUGUGCGGAGUAAUUUCCGUAGCUCGAUAUUUACGAAAUCCGACGACGAUGACGAGAGCGACGUGUCUACUAUUAGAACCAUCGUUGUUAAUGACGUGUACGAUUUAAAGUCGGCUUUGGCAUCUGGAUACUAUCCUUCCAAAACAACAACCAGGUUAUCGUUGGAUGACCUCGAGGACUCAAGCACGGUUUUUAAUGGAAACUCAAUUUCGAUCUUCAGGCGUGGCUCCUUGGUCUUUGACGAAGAAGCCUUGAGCGAUUUGGAUGAAAACUUGGAGGACGAUCUCGAUAGUGAAAUCAUCUACGACAAGAGGGCCGUGAGUAGCUGGAAAGUCGACGACUUCUCCUUGCUGCGUACGCCACCACCUCCACAGUAUCGACCAUCGUUGAAGCGCGAACAAAAAUACCACGCGCCACAACCGCUAGCACACACACCGUCGCCUCCGUUUAAGUUCAAGUCGCAGUUGAACUGCUACCUUGCUUCAGUCGAGGAGUCAGCCGAGGAAGAAGCUGCAAUCAAGGGUGUGCCCUAUACUUGCUUGAGGACUUAUUCUCAAAAGCUAAACAGGAGACAUUCUAAUUAUCAAUUAGUUAACGAACAGGGAUCGUGCACUAAUUUCCAUCGCUUACAGUUGGAGCUAGACAAUAGCUCCAAGUUGGUCAAUGGUCUUCAUCAUCAAUGGCAAGUUAUCGAGUUUCUCAUUUGUUUUCUUGCCGUUUGGGAAAUGUUUCAAUUCUUCUAUUACUAUUGA